UUCGGUUUGUCCCUCUGCUUUCGCCGUAGUGACGUCAUCAAAUGAGGCCGAGCAUGGCAGGUUGAUGGAGGUUGACCAGAGAGGAUGUUGGUGAUUUUGACCUUCUCGUUAAAUAACUCCUAAAAGGAACAGUAGAAGAAGGAUGUCGGUGAAACAGGCGUCCGUCCAUGCCAAAUGGAUCAUUGGAAGGGUCAUCGGGACCAAGAUGCAGAAGACGGCCAAAGUGCGUGUGACCAGGCUGGUGCUGGACCCAUACCUGCUGAAGUAUUACAACAGGAGGAAGACCUACUUUGCCCACGAUGCUUUGCAGCAGUGCACGGUGGGCGACGUCGUACUGCUCAAAGCUCUGGCUGAGCCUCGAGCCAAACACGUCAAACAUGAACUGGCUGAGGUGGUCUACAAGGUGGGUCGGGUGGUCGACCCGCUGACGGGAAAGCGUGUGGCAGGGACAGAGUUUCUGGAGCCUCCGACCAACCAUCUUCCCUCUCCAGAUCACGUGACCUUGUCCCAAAAGCUGCAGGAGUUGAACAUCUCUGCUGACCCCUCUGAAACGCACACCUCACAUUAACAAUUUAUAGAUUCAUGU